UUAAUUUUUCUUUAUGUUUAAGCUUUCAGGCAAAUUUUAUGCUCAUUUUUGCCCCCACAAUUCACAGGCCACACAGCUCUUGGGUCAGCCUCACACGCCUUCACUUUUUUUCGUACCUUCUGUCCCCUGCUUCAUUCAACAACAACAACUUGUUCUGCACUCCCUCUACCAUUUUUCAUUUUUCUCUCCUUUUUAACGUAACUUUCCUUUAAAUUACUACUCCUUUAAUAACUUUCCCAACCAUAGCUAUUCAAUCCAUAAAUUCACUCUGUAUUCUCUCUCUCUCUCUCCCUUUCCCUUAACCUUCUUUAUUCUCUUCCACCUCCCCGUGUCCCAAAGAAUAUCUCUCUCUCUUCCUUUUUCCCUUUUCCAUCUCUAUUUCACCCUUUCACUGCCUCACUCACUCCACCGUUUCGCCUUCGCCUUUCAACGUCAAUGCUAUCCCCAACCCCAAGAAUCUAAUACACCGACAUGACACCGGCACCCACCAACCACACUCACCACCUCGAACACACCCAACUCUUCAUACCCGCAGAACAACACCCCCCAAUCAAACACCCAUACCCACGACUCGUGAGGAUAACUGUCACUGACACCGAUGCCACCGACUCCUCCAGCGACGAAGAACAACCCUUCCGCACUCUCACGCGCCACCGACACAAGAAGUUUGUCAACGAGAUUUCCAUCGUGUCCUGCACCGCCGAGAACGACCGCGUCGUUUCGAAGAAGAGAAGCAGGACAAAGUCCAAGGCCAGAGCUUCAGAGUCUCGGCAAGUGCCCUCCGGCAAGAAGUUCCGAGGAGUGAGACAGAGGCCUUGGGGGAAAUGGGCCGCGGAAAUACGAGACCCUUCGCGACGCGUCCGGUUAUGGUUGGGUACCUUCGAUACUGCUGAGGAAGCUGCCAUGGUGUACGACAACGCGGCUAUUAAGCUGCGUGGACCCGACGCGCUCACCAACUUCAUAACGCCACCUGUCACGUGGCAGGACUCGUCGGAGCAUAAAGACCCGCCGGCGCCGGUUAACGGGUACAUUUCGGGGGACGAAUCUCAAAGCAAGAAUUUGUUUUCUCCCACUUCCGUGCUUCAGUGUUGUUCGUUGUCCGAGGAAGCAGAGUCCACCAAAUCGGAGUCACCGUUUUCGAUUCCAAGCGAUAUAGAAUUUGACUUCCGAGGUUGUUGGUCGGCGCCGGAUGUGUUUGACAACUUGGAUAACGUGCCGGAAAGUUUGUUGUUCUGCGAUGAUUGGCACGGUGUGUUUCUCACUUCUUGUGAGGAUUUCGGCUUCAAAAGUUGGUAUACGCGCAGAAAUCGUGACUUCUUCCAAGACAUCGACGAUUUAUUUGUCUCAGAUCCUCUUCUUGCUCUUUGACUCCAUGAAUUCGUUAUUUAACAAAUGAGACUCGUCACUGCGUUGCCCUCCAAAUCGGCAAGUUUUGUAUCGGCGGGAAAUAGCUAUUGUAAUC